AUGGUGCAUAGCCUCGUUCGUAAGGAAGGCGUCCCAGCCUUGGCGUAUCGGGGAUGCCAUAAAUCUAUGACAUGGUUUUGUUCACUGAAGAUUGUGCAUGUGGGCGAAGAGUUGGCUGUGUCACUCGAGCAUUCAAUGCCAAGUCAUGGCGUUGACCACAAGCAAGUGUUUAUCCUUCGCUAUGAAGGUGACAAUCUUGUGCCUGGGAAGAACUCGCUUGGAGCUAUUGGACUGUCUGUCCCGGCUAGUUUAAUGUCCACGAUGCAACGGCAUGGAAACCCUAAUUUUCAAACGUUAUCGCUGACGCUGAAAAAACCGUGUUCCAUAUGGUACCCUAAAGAAUCUACCAGUCUUCAUGAUGAUUUCCCAAAACUUUUAACUCUGGCACGAACGAAAGAAGUACGAAUUUUUUUCGACACCAAUUGGCUUGCGGAUAGAAACUUUCAAACCCUACAGUGCAUUGUCACAGGCUCUCGGCAGUUGGCCAAGAUUUCGCGUACCGCACAGUUUAGCUCUUUGUAUCAGGAACUUGACUGGUUACCCCUCAGGUUUAUCCAGGAUGCCAAUCAUGGCACUGACACUGCCACCGAAAACCCGGCGUCUGGGGUUAUACCUUCCAUCGAGGCUGAAGCACCUCCCUUCCAGGACGUGGUACAUGACAACCCGCCUCCAUACACACAGCCGUCGGGUAAACGACCAAGACACUCUAGCACUAGCUUAACACCAGAUGAUUAUAAUCCGAAGCGCGCCCGAGAACACUCUCGCUCGUCUUUGGACAUGGAUGGUGCUUCUCCUACCCCUUCUCUUCGCGCCAAAUCCACGGUUUCGUCCAGUGCCACUGUCUCAGUGGACCUUUUUCAAGACGCUGUCACUUCCGCUGUCCAGCAAAUGCUCUCAUCUACGUUGAAUAAAACGCUUUCAGAGGUGCUUCAAAAAGAGCUUCCAUCUGCUAUUCGGCGGGAGCUCCCACACGUGUUGGAGAAGAUUAUUCAGAAGACGAUUGCUGACUCACCGUCAAGAUGUUCGUCACCAAUACCACCUUGUACCCAAAUUUUAAACGAGCCCACACACCACGUGUCAACACCGAACAGCCAUUUCACACUUGGCAAAAUGAUCAAAGGAGCCGUCACUACAGCCGUGCGUGAAGCGCUUGACGAAGCCCGCGAUCAAUCCUCUGAACUUUACACUUCUGCAAGCAUUGAGUUAGAGGAGUAUAGUACUGAGCUGAAGGGUGACUUGGCAGCCACCACGGAGGAUCAUAUGGUUAAUUGUAAUGAAAACCUCGAUGAAAUGGUGGCGAAGGCCGAACAGCGGUUAUCAGACUACCUGACUGAUUUCGAAGCUCAUGCUGACGAGUUAGUGAUUAAGACUGAGGAUCGUUUGUACUCCAUCAGCAAGAAAUCGUAUUGCAGUCCUGAAGUCCAUAUUGUACCUAAACCAGGCCAGAGGGCGGCAUCGCUGCCAAUUUUGAAAGAUGCCAAGACAGUUGCAAAUAGGACCUAA